CUUGACGUAGCUCAUUGCUACUCAAAUUCAAAACUAAACCAUAGUGAUUUUGCAAUAAAAGGAAUUAUCUAAAGAGUGGACUUUAAAUUACAAACUAUAUAUACUUGGAUUUGGAUAAGUUCCGAUUUUUCAGGACAAUGAGGUCUGUUCCUGAUAUCUUUAGUUUGUAAAGAAAAAGUAUGAAAUUGACUGAAGAAAACUGUACACUGACUGUUCGGUCUAAAGAAGAAAUAUAUCAUCUGUCUCUGAAAAGAAAAUUCUGGAAAUGUAUUCAUCACAUGCCAUCAGAUUAGAGUCAUUGAAAAAUUGGCCAGGUCGCGUGUGGUUCGAUAUAUGUGAAGUUGCUAGUGCUGGACUUUAUUACCUGGACGACGAGAAUUCAAGGGACAGACUACGAUGUGCGUUUUGCGAAUUUAUAGUCGCUAACUGGAAAAGAGGCGAAAAUGUUUGGAAAGUGCAUGCUGCGUUUGUGCCAACUUGUCAGCACCUUUUGUUUUGUAAAGGAAUAGAUUUUGUAAAAACAGUCUUGCAGAACGAAGAGAACAACGCAGAGUUCCAGUUAGCACACAAUACAUCAGACAGAAGCAUGUAUGGACAUCUUCUGCGAUUCAAAGAGCUAACUUCUUGGUAUCAGCGGGUAUUUAUUAAGAAAUCAACAAUCAUCUUCAGAUAGUCCAGGUUCUAGGUACAUUACGAACAGGGGCGUUCCAUUUACAAUACCCAAACAUUUGGACAUGGUGCUUCAGGAAAGACGAUUAACUUCAUUUGAUGGAAUGGACCUUUUGUAUAAAGUGUUGCUUGAUCUAAGGGUAGUUGCAGAAGCAGGAUUUUUCUUUACAGGUAAAACAUUUUAGAUUGAAGGAACGAAAAUACAAGCUUUAAACAUACUUUGGAUAAAAUCUGUCUCUUCGGUAUAUUCAUAGCAGAAUUAUAUAUUUAAUUCAGUUUUGUAAGAAAACAUGUUUAUUUUCCGAUGCUCUUGUAUAAUCUGCAAUUGCUAAAUGACGAUUCUUAUUUCGUUUUUAUUUGUUUAUACAUGGAUUUACCAGUAAUGUCGUGAUUAUUGGUCACUAAAACCUUUAACGCUGUUGAUCAGUUUCUAUUUGCCUGUACUCAGUUGCGAGGAACAGGUAACGGUAACCUUUAUUAUGUCCUCUCCUCUCUCCCCACUCUCCCCCACACCUACACACAAUUUUGCCAGUUCGUUCUGCAUGCCACAAUGCGUUGACGUUAAAUUCAAUAGUAUUGACAAGAGGAGAAAUCAGUGAUCAUGCAUACAUACUUUUAAACAAAAUACAUGUCCGCUUUAUAUUAUAAUUACUUUGAGGUCUUUCACUUCAUGACAUUUACAAAAUAGAAAUAUUUAAUCAGAUAAUUUAAUUAAUUUUGAUAUCCAGUUUUAAAAAACGCACAUAGUGCGAAUUAAUAAAUAAAUUGCUUUUCUUAAAGAUACUCACUCACACUCUUUUGGUAAAGUGAAGUUAUCUUAACAUUUUUCAACAAACUUCAUUGUUUCUUAGACUAAUAGUGACAUUCACGGUGAACAUCUGCAAUGUGACAACGUUGCGGUAAAAGGGUAACUAUAUUUAUUUCGGGAUAUCACUUCGUUAUUAUACAUGUAUUUGACUUUCAUAUUGAGUAUGACUAAACUUAAGAUAUAUUGGCAAAAUUACUAAGUGUUGUGUUUGAAGAUUUGUGCCGUAUUCUCAACAAUGCGGCAUUAGAAUGAAUGCACUUUUGUUUUCUCGCACUCUUAAUUAACACUUGGUCUACGAUUACAAUUUCAAAUACAGUUAUGAAUACAAUUCAAUCACUCUAAAAGUUAAAAUAUUUCUAUCUUAAAUCAUGACGUUUUGAGCAGUAAACAAUUAAUGUUAAGGAAAAGAUGUAUUGUUUCGAUAGAAGCCUAUGUUAAAUGCAGAGAAUACAUUGUGUGUUUUUUUUACCAUCUGGUGUCAAACUUUUGCAGAUAACAGAAAAAGACAACUGGAAUCUAUGAUAGAAGGUAUUAAACUCUUAACUAAAUGAUGUAUUUAAACAAUUCACGCUUUUUUAGCAUGGCAAAAGAAAAUUCUGAAAUAGAAAUUAUAUAGCAAGUCGAUAUCAUAUAAAAAAGCCCACCCGCUUAGCUCAAUAGGUAAGAGCGUUGGUCUACGGAUCUCGGGGUCGCGAGUUCGAUCCUCGGGCGGGGUGUAUAAUCUCCGUGACUAUUUGAUAAACGACA